AAUUGGGGUUUCUAAAUUCACUGUUGAGUGCUGUGGAUGACUUUUGCAAAGCUUUUUGAAGCGUUCUGAAUUUUUAGAUUCUUUCCUGAUUCCUCACGGCGCCUGCCGACUCGAGGCAGCAGAAUCGCCGAGGUUGGAGGGCAGGGGCGAAGGAAGAGAUGGGCUUGUCAAAGUUGAACUUUUGGAAGCUCUUCAGGGACUCCUUAGCCCCGGGCAUUCCAGCCAGUCCCCGUGGAAAGGAAGAGGUGCUCAGCAGGAAGCUUUGUCCGUUGUGAGCGAGGACCAGUCGUUAUUUGAGUGUGCCUACGGAACGCCACACCUGCCGAAGACAGAGAUGACCGCGUCCUCCUCCAGCGACUAUGGACAGACAUCCAAGAUGAGCCCGCGUGUCCCUCAGCAGGACUGGCUGUCUCAACCCCCGGCCCGGGUCACCAUCAAGAUGGAAUGCAACCCCAGCCAGGUGAACGGCUCCAGGAACUCACCAGAUGAAUGCAGCGUGGCCAAGGGCGGGAAGCUGGUGGGCAGCCCGGACGGCGUGGGCAUGAGCUACGGCAGUUUCGUGGAGGAGAAGCACAUGCCGCCCCCCAACAUGACCACCAGCGAGCGCAGAGUGAUCGUCCCAGCAGAUCCUACGCUAUGGAGCACAGACCAUGUCCGGCAGUGGCUGGAGUGGGCGGUGAAAGAGUAUGGCCUUCCGGAUGUGGACAUCUUAUUAUUCCAGAAUAUCGAUGGGAAGGAGCUGUGCAAGAUGACCAAGGACGACUUCCAGAGGCUCACCCCCAGCUACAACGCCGACAUCCUUCUCUCACAUCUCCACUACCUCAGAGAGACUCCUCUUCCACAUCUGACUUCCGAUGAUGUUGAUAAAGCCUUACAAAACUCGCCACGGUUAAUGCACGCUAGAAACACAGGGGGUGCAGCUUUUAUUUUCCCAAACACUUCAGUAUAUCCUGAAGCUACGCAAAGAAUUACAACUAGGCCAGAUUUACCUUAUGAGCCUCCCAGGAGAUCAGCCUGGACUGGUCAUGGCCACCCCACCCCUCAAUCGAAAGCUGCUCAGCCAUCUCCUUCCACAGUGCCCAAAACUGAAGACCAGCGUCCUCAACUAGAUCCUUAUCAGAUUCUUGGACCAACAAGUAGCCGCCUUGCUAACCCAGGUAGUGGCCAGAUCCAGCUCUGGCAGUUUCUCCUGGAGCUCCUGUCUGACAGCUCCAACUCCAACUGCAUCACCUGGGAAGGCACCAAUGGAGAAUUCAAGAUGACAGACCCCGACGAGGUGGCCCGGCGCUGGGGAGAACGGAAAAGCAAACCCAACAUGAACUACGACAAACUCAGCCGCGCCCUCCGUUACUACUAUGACAAGAACAUCAUGACCAAAGUCCACGGGAAGCGCUACGCCUACAAGUUUGACUUCCACGGGAUUGCCCAGGCCCUGCAGCCGCACCCUCCAGAAUCGUCCCUGUACAAGUACCCCUCAGACCUCCCCUACAUGGGCUCCUACCACGCCCACCCCCAGAAGAUGAACUUUGUGGCGCCCCACCCUCCAGCCCUCCCUGUCACAUCUUCCAGUUUCUUUGCUGCCCCAAACCCAUACUGGAAUUCACCCACUGGGGGCAUAUACCCGAACACUAGGCUUCCCGCCGGCCACAUGCCUUCCCACCUGGGCACUUACUACUAACCACCUGAUGGAGGCCUUUCCCAACACGUACAAUCACCGAUCGAUUGCCACAAACUCUAUCGGAGAACACGGAUCAAAAGUGCCUCAAGCAGGAGGAUAAAGCUUGAUGGGGCUGGGGAAGGAAGCCAGGGAAGAGAUCCAAAGACUCAUGGCGGGAGGGAGUUACUAAAGUAUUACUACAGAAAUAAAGAGGAUGCUCAAAAUGUAAUGUAUACAGACAUAUAAUCUGUGGACCAACCUUGACAAGGACAUUGUGUGCAGAAGCAGGAAGUCAUGAGGACAAGUGCCAAAGGAAGUGGCCUUAAGUAGUGUAUAAACUGUAGAGUUUGGGAUCCCGUUAAUGCGACCCGGGAUUAAACUAAAGCAAUAGAGAUAACACAGUCUUGGCCUAACAUACCGUUUAUAAUGUCAUUUUAAGGAAAACUACCUGUAUUUAAAAAUAGAAACAUAUCAAAACCAAAACAAGAAGACAAGAGAGAGACUGUGGCCCCGCAACAGACAUUGCUAGGGACUCCUCGGCAUUAGCUGCAUCAGUUGGAAUCUGAUAUGUUCCAUUUGAUAGACAGCUGACAGCUCUCUCAAACUGUGAAGACAACCCAAAGUUUCCAUCUCCUUUACAGGAUUGCAGGAACUAUGAGCCAAUGGUGGGACUGAGGAUGUGUAUAGAGUGGGCGUGCGAUGGUAGACAGAGGGCCAGAGGAGGAGGAAGAGGAGGAAGCAGAGGAGGAGUAGACAAGGAGUGGGGAGAAACUUCUGGAGCAGCAGAGGCAGGAUUCAGGACACUUUUGGAACUGUGGAGAACCAGUCAUAGAGACCUGAGGUUUAAUGCAGUCAGUGUUAUACCAAACCCAGUGUUACCAAAAGGACCCAGUGUAAUGGAGGAAGGGGGAGUGGUAGAAUUCAGAACCAAAUAUACCCAUCUCUUUGUUUGUCAAAAGAAAAUUUUAACUGGAAUUGUCUGAUAUUUAAAAGAAAUGUUCAGGACCUCGGUAUUCUGUAGGGGCCUUGUGCUCCACAGGGUCAGGUAAGAAUUGGCCUCCGGCCACCACAAUCAGAUCUCAAAGGCAUUUUGGGGAGGUGGGGUCCAGUUUUCCUUUUCGAGUCGCGAACGCUGUGCGUUUGUCAGAAUGAAGUAUACAAGUCAAUGUUUUUUUUUUCCUUUUUAUAUAAUAAUUAUAUAACUUAUGCAUUUAUACACUACGAGUUGAUCUCGGCCAGCCAAAGACACACGACAAAAAAAGAGACAAUCAGUGAUAUAAUGUGGCCUUGAACUUUAACUCUGUAUGCUUAAUGUUUACAAUAUGAAGUUAUUAGUUCUUAGAAUGCAGAAUGUAUGUAAUAAAAUAAGCUUGGCCUAGCAUGGCAAAUCAGAUUGACA